AUGGCUCCUCCCCUCCUCUCGCCGCCGCUGCUCCCCGAUUCGUUCGCGACACUCCCGCGGUCUUUUCGCUGCUCCCGCCCCACGCGGCAGCUGGCCACCGUCGGGUUCGCCGGAGCCGUAAGGAGCGAGCGGCAGGGGAGCUGGAGUGCGCGGAGGAGGGGGAACCUCAGGAUCCGUGCCACUGCGACGGAAGCGGAUUACGAGAGGCCGGAGGAGGAUGUCGCCGAGGAUUUUUAUUCCGUUCUGGGUGUGAUGCCAGAUGCAACACCUGAGGAAAUCAAGAAGGCAUACUACAGUUGCAUGAAAGCGUGCCACCCCGACCUUAGUGGGGACGACCCUGACGUGACCAACUUCUGUAUGUUCAUCAACGAGGUUUACUCGGUGCUGAGCGAUCCAGCACAACGUGCAGUGUAUGAUGAGAUCCAUGGGUACACAGCAACAGCAAUAAACCCUUUCUUUGAUGACAGUGCACCCAAGGAUCAAGUGUUUGUUGACGAGUUUACCUGCAUUGGAUGUAAAAACUGUGCCAAUAUCUGCCCUAAUGUCUUUCAAAUUGAGGAAGAUUUUGGGAGGUCAAGGGUCUACUCCCAGUCGGGUAGCACUGAACUAAUCCAGGAUGCCAUUGAUAGUUGCCCUGUCGAUUGUAUCCACUGGACUUCUGCAGCACAACUGUCACUCCUCGAGGAUGAGAUGCGUAGAGUAGAGAUGGUGAAUGUUGGUUUGAUGCUUGCUGGUAUGGGAGCUUCAGUCGAUGUUUUUCGAAUGGCAAGUGCUCGCUGGGAAAAGAGGCAAGCAAAAGUUUUGGAAAAGGUCAGAACACGGAUGGUGAACCAAGAGAAUUCAGACACAGGCAGGUCUUGGAGCGAUGUCUGGGGAUCCCCACCACGAGAUCAAAACAAUGAGGAAGAAGCAACAGAGAGAGCCAAGAGAGCGGCGGCGGCUGCUAGACGGUGGCGAGAAUACUCAAGGCGAGGCGCAGACAGGCCUCCGACAUACAAGCUUCCAGAGGCAGUGGGCAACAAAGAUUAGUCCAGUGAGUAGAGAGCACAUCUGGCAUUGUUUGGCCAAAUUUGACAAACCUGUACUGUAUAGCGUCAUUGUUUGCAGAGGUGAUCCGAAGGUUUGCUUUGCCUUCCCAGUCGACACCAAUGCUCCUUCUGUAAAUCUAGACGUAGUGAUGUUGAUAACCUGUACAAGACGAGCACCAAAUGUAUUUCGUGUAUAUUCAAGAUGUA